CCUGAUUUGAAUUUCCGAACUGCCUUUGAGGGUGGCUACGACGUUCUUGUCGUGUGGCACUGCAUUAAUGGUGCAGUGUUUCGCUUUGUUCUGAUUGGUCCAUUACGUCGAAUAACGUCGAACAAGCCCCCUUGACCUGCCUAUCCGGGAAGUCCCCUACUAGAGCGAAGAGUUACGAAGAGUUAGGUGGGCCCACUCUAGGCCAGCGGUUUCAAACGGGUGUCCCCCAGGCUGCUACUUCCAGCUCUAAUAGUAGGUCUUUCUUCUCCAGCUCGGCCCCCCCUAACCCCAGGCGGAAGGCCCUUUCAUAAGAUCGAUACGCACGUCCAAACCGCCAAGUUCCACCAUCACUUACAUUUAACCUUUCACUCUAGUUAAUCCAAUUCAAACUUGAACCUGUAUCAUCCUUAUUCACACGAAAACCAAGCUUUUACAAAUACUCUAGGCUCAGCACUUCUUUUUUUUUUUGGACCGGCCUUGGUUUGACAGCUCUUCGUUUGUUGCAUCAUCCAACUCACCUACUAUUGGCCAUUUCCAUCAUCUGCAAGCCACAUUACCGACAAAACCCAAAGUACUUAACCUACCCUACCCUUUAAUCCAAAUAAACAUGCGUUUCUUCACUACGAUCGCUGCAGCACUUGCUGUUGCUGCUGGUGUCUCAGCCGUCGACAUUGAGAAAUCCGUUAUCGUCAGUUUCCCGAGCGGCACUACCGACGACAUCGUCAACCGCGCGAAGGAUGAUAUUCGAAAGGCGGGUGGCGUGAUUACCCACGAGUACCAACUUAUCAAGGGCUUCGCAGCCAAGGCGCCACAGAAGAUCCUCGAGACGGUGUCGGCCUGGAGUGCCGAGUAUAACGCCGUUAUUGAGGAGGACCAGGUGGUCCAAAUUUCCGGCGAGAAUUAAAGCACGCGGCGCUUGAUCGCAUACAUAACGAUAGCCACGACUAAGGUACCGGACAACUUGCAAGAUACCCCUCCUCCGCACUAGGUACGGAGCCCGCAGGUAGGCAGACGGAACAGGCGUUAUUGAAGGACAGACGACAACAAAAAAGUGAACGUAUGGGGUGGAUCA